AUGCUUCCUCCCUCAGACUCAAUUGGUCAUCAGAACCUCAAACUGGCGGAAUUCCUGGCAGGCCUCCAAAACCAGGCCUCGCUACCUGCUCCACCUCCUCCCUAUGCAGCAGUUCAGACACACGAUGACUCGGCCGAUUUUGACGAAGAGGAGGACGAUGGAAUCCCACUACCUCCACUUGUGCUGAAGAUCGACACCUCAAUCACCAUCGAUGGUCAAGCAAACACUGUUGCCAUUCCGGCUUCUGGUGCGAGCUCCGAAGAGGGACAGGCUAUCCCAUCCGAGCCCCAAUAUAUGCAGCAACUGCAGCAGCAGCGCCAGGCAAAAUCCGUCCAAAUCGCCUCGUCCGUCAUGGCGGCCUUGAAAGCCUGUGGUAUCUUGGACGAUCGGGAGACGGGGAGAUCCCGCCCCGUCGAGAUCAAUAUCGACGCCGGCAUACAUAUCAAAGGUGCUAAGAACGUGGUAUGCUCGGGAUUGAAGCGACGACCGGAGGCAGCGUCAUUCCAAGCACCAGCGCUUGGUAGGCCUCAGGGAUCAGAGCGAAAACGACGGGCGCAGUCGGAGCCCUCUGAACCACCCAGCCGCAAAAGGCUCAGCGCCUAG